AUGCAGACCCGGGUCCCCGCCCCAAGUCAUGUAGGGCACGGCCCGGGUCCGGUCCUUCCCUCCAUCCCUCCAGUGUCCGCGCGAGCGGACACAGGAUGUGGGGCACCGCCACCCUCACCUCCCCGGAGAGCUCGGGGCCCGUCCCCGCGGCAAGGCCGCCGCGCAGCACUCACGGGGACCGACGCCUGGCGGGUCGGGGUCGCAGCCGAACUCCCGCGGGGGGCUGGCUGCUGGCAAUUCCCCGACCGCAAACUAGGGGGACUGCCGGAAGUUGUUCUCAGAUCCACGCUCAUUGGCCAAUGCCACCAUGACAUCACGGAAAUGGGCGCGCGCGAUUGGCUGCGACGCGCCGCCUUCCACGUGUUUGUGUGCCCGCCUACUUCCGGGGUCGUUCAGGGUCCGGGAGACUCGGGUCCCGUGCGUUUCGUGGGGGCUCCGGAGCGGAGUGGGCGGCAAGCAAGAGUACAGCGCGAGCUGGGAGGCGGCGGAGGUCACCGAGGGGGGAGGCGGGGCAGCGUGGCAGCCUCCUUGCGGCUCCAGCUCCAGGGAGCCGCUUCCGGCCUCCGGUACUGGGCCCACCGGAGCACCCGGCAGCCGCCAGCCAGCCUUGCAGCGGUGUAUUCUAGGUCAAUGGCUUCUAAGACUCCAGUUGGAUUCAUCGGACUGGGCAACAUGGGGAAUCCAAUGGCAAAAAAUCUCAUGAAACAUGGCUAUCCACUCAUUGUUUAUGAUGUAUUCCCUGAGGCAUGCAAAGAAUUUCAAGAGGCAGGUAAACAGGUAGUGUCUUCCCCAGCAGAUGUAGUUGAAAAAGCUGACAGAAUUAUUACAAUGCUGCCCACAAGCAUUAAUACAGUAGAAGUUUAUUCUGGAGCACAUGGAAUUCUCAAAAGUGUGAAGAAAGGCUCAUUAUUAAUAGAUUCCAGUACUAUUGAUCCUGCAGUUUCAAAAGAACUGGCAAAAGAAGUUGAGAAAAUGGGAGCUGUUUUCAUGGAUGCCCCUGUUUCCGGAGGUGUAGGAGCUGCUCGGUCUGGGAAUCUCACAUUUAUGGUGGGAGGAGUCGAAGAGGAAUUUGCUGCUGCCCAACAAUUGCUAGGGUGCAUGGGCUCCAAUGUGGUGUAUUGUGGAGCUGUUGGGACUGGGCAGGCUGCAAAGAUCUGCAACAACAUGCUAUUAGCUAUUAGUAUGAUUGGAACCUCUGAAGCUAUGAAUCUUGGAAUCAGGUUAGGGCUUGACCCGAAACUACUGGCUAAAAUUCUCAAUAUGAGUUCUGGAUGGUGUUGGUCAAGCGACACUUACAAUCCUGUACCUGGGAUGAUGGAUGGAGUUCCCUCAGCUAAUAACUAUCAAGGCAGAUUUGGAACAACCUUCAUGGCUAAGGACCUAGGAUUGGCACAAGACUCUGCAACCAGCACGAAGACCCCAAUCUUUCUGCGCAGCGUGGCCCAUCAGAUCUACAGGAUGAUGUGUGCAAAGGACUACUCAAAGAAAGACUUCUCAGCGGUGUUCCAGUUUCUGAGAAAGGAGGAGAGCCUUUGAGUGAGCCCUAGGGCCUUGCACACUGAUGGGAACCAAAACUGUCUUGGAGCUUUCUUCUAGCCCAUUCCACAAGCAAGUGGGUUUAAUCAAAGGUCAUCUGUCAGCUUUCUAUGGUCUACGUUACAGUAAUCGCUAUGAUUUUUAACUGCUUCUUCUUUUCAUCUGUUUAGCAAACAUAUUAUCAGAAUUUUUCCCCUCGGCAAGUCACUGAUAGUUUCUGCUACCUAGCUGAAUUGAUCUUUUUAAAAAGUUUGAUCCCUGGACAUCUUCAAUUAAAUUGUUGGAUACUUCAAUCAGGAGUGGAGUCACUUUGCAAAUAAAA